CUGAUGCUAGCGUGGAUUUUACCUCCAGCUGUAGAGAAGCCAUUUUAUUUGCACCGUGUAUAGUACAUUUCUAUUUACGACACUUUCUGCUCCAUAAAAUGCCACGAAAGAAAUCAGAGGAUUUUUACAGGACCCACGGUUUCACCGCGAACUUCGAGAACGGUAAAUAUUCGGCCACCUGCCAUUUCUGUGACAGGGUGCUCCAAAAUACCGCGCUAUCCCGCCUAUCGUUACACAGGCAAACUUGCGAUACUAGACGAAGUAGAUGUCCAGUAAUAUUCCGCUCCGAUGUGGAGAAAGCUAAAGAUGAAGAUGGUCCUCGGAUCAAGAUUCAAAAAAUAUCAAGUGACGAAGGUGAUGGCGUCUUGGAUAAUGCUACCGAAGGCAAAGAGAUCAUAGUUAAGAUUCAACAAAUUCUGGAUGAGGCUGAUGAGGUGGACACCAUCAAAGGCACACCCAAAAUCAAAACCGAGAUUCGGAAAACGAAUUUCUUAAAAAAUCAGCAAACGGAAGAGCAACAUAUGGAGUUUGAGAUCUCUAACGUUGAGGUACAAAACCGCGAAUACGUUGAAUACCUGGACGAAAACAAAGAGCAUUACAUAUUGCAGCACAAUCCGGAUGACUCGGCCAAUGGAACGACGACAAUCGUCGAAGCCAGGCCAAGAAAUCAUUUAGCCGCCCUAAAGGCGGACAAAACGCGAGCCGAGAUCAAACAGUUUCACAGCAAAACCAAGUUUCUGAAAACGGAAACGGAGAACCUGAAACUGGAGCGCACACUGACUUUGCUUCGGAUUCAGAAGCUUCGAUUGGAAAUCGAUGCUCUACGCGCUCAAAAUUAACUUUAACCUUAAUGUUUACAUGUAUGCUUUAGGGAUAUUAAAUCUUUCAAAACCGCUGUAUAGUUUCUAUAUACCUUUAAACGGUUUUGGGUUUAGCAUCUCUUUAAUUUGAAUAAAUUUAAGCGAUCUAUUCAAAAUAUAGUUUUUUAAUACACUUGA